UUGAUCCUUGAGCCUGUACAUAUAUGAUAGUUUUACAUUAAGCAUUUUGUGAAAGCGAAAGUGAGAUGAACGGAUUGUAACUGAUCACAUUGCACCGAUGAACAAGGAAUUAGAGUUAUAGUGAUAUAAACACCUCUUGGAUAAAUUGCCACAUUAAGACAUUAUAAGGAAAAUGUGUUUGCAGGUUGAUACCGUUUAUAACAACGGUUAGCAGUAACGAUGGAUGAGAACCUCCGGAAGCAUUCAACUGUGAAUCACCAUGGAUGAGCGCCUAGCAUUCAACGGAAAAGCUGGGAAGCUCGACGGACGUGUAUUUUCAAAGCUGAAAUUACUAUGCCGGCCUGUUAAAGCCAGACAAGACAACGCACAACAAGGCAAUGAAACAACGCUUGUUUCACAAGAUGAUGUCCCGUUCUACAACACACGUCUUGUUUUACGCACGGUUGAAAAACUUUGGACGGGGGAUCUAUCUGAGGAAGAAAUAGAGAAGAACCUGGAAGAGAUAAUUCUACAUUACGCAAUUGUUCCCCAAGUGGCCUACUACAGAAAUAAACAGACUGUUAGCUUCGUUGCACCAUACUUCGGAGGGGGGACCUUAGAUGAAGUAAUACAGAAAGAAAGAGAUAAAACGACAGAGAUCGAAACGGAAAUACCAUCUGACAGGAAACCGGAAAUAGCACUUGAAAGACCGCAAACAUUAGAAUGGAAGGAUAAGUUACGAAUACUUUACCAAAUAUGCCGGGCCAUUGAAUAUCUUCAUCAGCCACCAAAAUGUGAAAGAAAACCUGUAUCCCAUGGCAACAUUUGCAUGCAAAACGUUCUAUUGGAUAAGCAGAAGAACGCCCGAUUGUUAUUUCUUACACCAAAAUCGGUCGAAGGAGGAGUUGGGGAGGAGCAGUUUCAAGAGGACAAAAACAAAGAUGUGCACGCCUUCAAAGAAAUAACUCACGACGUCCUUAAGCAAAGCAGGAAGAAAACAGAUGUUCUUGCACGUAUACAAAGGGCUGUUACGAUGACAGAUAUAAAAAAAGAAUUGAAGUCGGGUCUCAGAGUAGAGGGUACCAACUGGUGGACCCCAUCGCAAGACGAUGGAAAACAGAAAAGCAAGUGUGAGAUUUGCUGCGUAAAUAAGCCCGAGAAGACUUUCAAAAAGCUUACACAUGAUCGAUUAUGUGGUUCCAAAAUACAGAUGUGCGUUGGAUGUUUGUGGAACUGGCAAUAUAAUCCCGUCAAAUGCCACACGUGUGAUCAAGACAAAAUUCGGUCCCCAGUCGGUGAUUGCUGGGGUGCCAUUAUCAUAGCGGGCACAGAUGAGAAGCAGGAAAUUACAAAACGUUUUGAAGACGAUAUAGAAAAGCUGAAAGAUAGAGUAAUUACAAAGGCGACUUUGAUGGGUGUAAGGAACAAUGUUGUCACAGUAAAGAAAUCUAAUACAACGUAUGGUGAACAAUUAGAGAAGGCGUUCAACAAUGUUGAUACUCCAGAGAUCACCACCAUUGUACUAGUUUAUUCGGGUCAUCAUGGGGAUGGAAAAUUUCAACUAGAUACUUACCCGUUGAAAGAUAGUGAACUUGAAAUGAAAAUCAAUGGUCUUAAACAUGUGACGAAAGUAAUUGUAUUUCUUGAUUGCUGCUACCCAAAGAAGUUUAAUCUGGGUGACAAAGCGGUAUUGCAGAUCAAUGCCGUAACAAGCCAACAAAAAGCUAUAUGUGGACAAGCAGGUAGCCAGUUCGUAAAUGACAUUGUCGAUGUAUUGACAAAGCCCUGGGAAUGUAACUGUUGCAAAAAUAGACCUUUAAUAAGAGAUUAUGACAUACACAGGCAUUUCAACAAUCACCUCAACUGUUUGCCGACAGAAACAUCACAACAUUCAUACACACAAGGGGACAUUGACCACAUUCUAACGUUUAGAACAGUUGACCCUGGAUGGCAGAAAGCGUUGGAUGAAUCAUUAGAAAGCAGCCCAUUCCAAAAAUUGAGAAAUAAGCUAUUUGAACUGUACAAAGAAAAUGCAAGCACAUUAAGAGUUCGUAUUGACAUUGAUGAUGCACUUGAAAAAGUAUAUGAAGAGCCUAAACUUACUUUAAAGGAAAAUGGAAAAGAAGAAAGGCCUAUAGAUUUAAAUAACAUUUUUCGAAGCAAAGAGGGCACGAUGGCUAAAACGAUAUUUGUUGAAGGAGAGCCUGGCUCUGGAAAGUCCUCGCUAUGUAAGAAGAUCGUUCAUGAUUGGUGUGAAACAAAACAGGAACCGGAGGGGCAGUCAACGGAUAAAUGGUGUGAAAUGUUAAGUCAGUUUGAAUUCGUAUUUUACGUAAUUCUCCGAGAGGCAAAGGAUGAAUGCAACAUCUCGAAUAUGAUAUUGAAAUAUAUUAUUGCCAGGAACAGAUUAGAACAAGAAAGCGAAAGAAUAUUGCUUAAAGACAUUUUGGAAACCAACACCUGUCUGCUAUUGCUUGAUGGCCUAGACGAAUGGCAGCAUCCUGAAAAGUGCACUCUGAGUGAGAAAACUCCCCAUGUUGAUACAAGUUGGAAGAAAUGUACCAUAUUCACCACAACUAGGCCGUACAAAUUGGCUGAGCUAAAAAUAGACUGCUCUAAGAUUGGAAAUCACGUGAUGUUGAAGGGAGUUACCUACCCUGACAAACUAGUUGAAAAACUAGUUUCUAGAUUAAAUACCAUUCACGGCACAACAAAAUUAAAGGAUCAAUGCACCAAGGACAUCAAAGAAAAACGUAUGUGGCAUUUCAGUAAAUGUCCAAUCGUGUUAGCUCACAUCGUUUGGCUUUGGUACAAGGGAAAGCUUUCGGAAGAUAUGAAACGUUCUGAUCUUUACAGAACCUUGCUGAAGGAACGAUGGUUUGAAUCAUGUGAGAAGAACAAAUCAUGUACUGAAUCCAAAUACAGCGACAUGAUAAAUGCUCUGAGCCAAAUAGCAUUUGAACAGUUAUUUGCUAAAGAUGAAGAUAGUACAAUUGUGUUUGAAAUAGAUCAGGAGGAGAAUACGAUCUUCAAAAAUCAAAAAGGUGCAUCGUUAGAUUCUGGCAUCAUUUCCUGCACCAAUAUUCCUGGUGAAUUUUGUCCGAAAUACCACUUUUUGCACAAAUCGUUUCAAGAGUACCUAGCGGCGCUGUAUUUAUCAAAAGACAUUUCAACGUCGAUCUUGCAUAUCAAAAGAACAUACCAAAUUCACAGAAGUGAAAGCGGAACUAGCUUGUCCGAAGUUUUAAUUUUCCUUUGCGGUUUGAAUUCCAAAGCUGCCGAAGAACUUUCGAGAAUAAUGAAUGAGCUGUUUACUGAAUUUUGCGAAAGAGAUAAUGAUAAUGGUUAUGAACUAGAAGAGUUUCAGAAAAAGAUCAUUCAAGGUCAAAUAGAGCUAAACAGGAGAGAAAGCUCCGGGGUGAAAUUAAGUCUACAUCACAUGUAUCUUACAGAUGUACCCAAACCAAACAGAGACGAAAAUCCCGUCAUUGAAGAAUAUAUAAAGACAAACCAAUCAUGCAUAGUAUCAUUGUAUAUAAUGCAUAACCCCGACCUUGCAUUGUCUUUAGCGAAGAGUAAUGACAACCAAGUUCUUGAUUUAGAGAAUUGGAGGGGUCUGAAGUACGUCAAAUUAGACUUACACGAUUUCAAAGAUGUCGCUGGUUUGAAUGUGAGUAAUUUAGUAAAUUGCAAAAUACAAUUCAGUUCUCCCCAGCAAGCUCCGAACCUCGCAUCUUCAUUCUACAACUCUGAUAUGAAAACAAUGAAAUCACUUCAAGUGUCGAACUGUACAAACUUGAACUGGCUACAUAAAGAUCUGGAACCAAAAGGAAUCCUUAAAGUAGUGAAGGGAAAGGUUUUGAAAUGGCUACAUCGACAAGAAACUCUUAAUUUACGACGUAUUGAAAACCUUGAACACCUUACCGAACUUGGAUUGAAUGGACUGUCGUACUCAGAUGUGGUGAAUCUACCAGUGUCGAGACUACGCACACUUAGAGUAAGAUUCAUUAAGCUACAGCGAGCACCACAGCUGAUAUCAACGUUAUUACCACAGGGAAUAUGCAAGAAUGAGCGGGAAGGUCUUUUCUCUCACCUGAAGUACGUAUACUUGGAACGUAUCCGCAUGUCAGAGGAACAGUUCAGACGACUAUCGCAGUCUUUCAUAAAAGCGGGAGGUACGUUAUUGUGGUUGAAGCGCUGUUCCAUAGAACCGGAAUAUGAUGUACCGCAGCUUCAGAAUGAAUGCGAGCAGCAGGUAGUAUCAUCUGAGUGUACAACAUACAUUGAGCUUUGGAUUGUUACCAUCACAGUAGAGGGGUUUAUUCGGCUUAUUGACUACGUGACCAGAUGCGGUCAUUCCGUGGACUGUGACUUGGACUCAAAAACCCUGGAAUCAAACUCUGCUGUUGAACAACCAUCCUUACCGAUGUUGGUUGCACAGCCUAUCUCAGCUGAUUAUACCACGAAGUUGAGACUAUAUCGGAUUAAGAUGUCAACAGAACAAAUUUGUCAAAUCGUCGGUAGGAUUAAUCAACUCGACCAUUCAGUAAAAUUAACAUUGGAGAGGUGUACCGUAAAAUCAGACGAGUACAAUCCGCUGAGGCAUCAGAUGGUGCCUCCUCCAAACACGUCACUAAACUAUACCAAACAUAUUUCGAUCGAAAGCAUGAAGAUAUCGGAAACAUUGUGUUUGUAUGUUGCUUCCAGUGCAAUUUAUUAUGGAUACACGUGUGAGAUAUCAGAUUGUAAUAUACUGCCCAGUGAAGUGCCGCAUGCAGACAACCUUUACUUUCCUCAGAUGGCUGCCAUCCACUCACCUGCUCAUACAGCAAAACUCACCUUUUAUGUCGCAUCAAUACCACAACACGUCGUUGAGCGUCUCGCUCGUCAAGCGGCAGUAUCUGGACAUUUGGUUGAGUGUGUGUUAGACAUGUGUGAAGUAGGGCCUCCCCAUGAUGUCAGGUCAUUGAAGAAAAAGAUGGAGGAAGACGCUGCCAUUCAGAUCGAGGAAUGCAACGACGAGCUUCGAGUUGGUUGGUUUCCAGACAUUUUCAAUCAUGGCCAAAUAUGGAACAUUCGUUUUAAAACAACCGCAAAGAAGUCUGCACUCGCAGAGUCCACUGCAGAGAAGCCCGAAGUUACGGAAUGUACACGCAUGUAGGACGUCGGAAUGUUUGACAACGGGAGAUUACCACGGAGAGUUCAUUCAUGCUAAGUGUUAUUAGAACGUUUUACACAAUUUGUGCCUGCAUGGCGACUUAGAGUUCAAUAAGGCAAAGUGUCACAAGCACAAUUGCCAUUUUGGAGAUUUAGAGUUUAAUAUGGCAAAGUGUAACAAAAGAAUCAGCACAAUUGGUGCCUGCAAUGGGGAUACUAGAGUACACUCAUGCAAAGUGUAAGAAAAACAAUGUACACAAUUUGUGAAACUGAACGUAUUUGAAAUUUCUUUUGUAGAUGCUUUAAUUGCAUAUUCAUUUUAGCAUACAUUUCUGUAAAUACUCUCGUCAUUUGAUAGUGUUUUUUUCACAAGGUAUAGAAAUGUCCCUUUUCUUGAAUCAUAUGUAACGUUUUUUAAAAGAACGUUUGAAAGAUACUUGCUUAGUUUCUUGUUGAAAGAAUGAUGCAAACAUGUGUUAUAAAUUAUAACAACAUAGGCACAUACGAUAAAAACAACCAUAGACUUCGCCCUCCUCGGAUAAGUAUAUCCAAUAAUUCAACCAUGCUAGAAAUUCUUAUCUUGCCCACGGGCGAGGAUAACAUGCCGGUAUGGAACUCCUUUUUAACGGUCACCACCUUGUAAUUACCUCCCUUGUUGAAGACAGUCGUCUGUUACAUCAUAGAAACCUUGUCUUGUAGCAAUAUUUAGAAUGCUAAUUAACUAUUUCUCGCUUCAAAUGUCACCACAAAAAGGUUUUCACGCAUAUUUCAAGAAAUAAUGCUCCACUCUCCUCCGAACUAUUGGACUUGUAACAUGUAAUCUGAAUCACUGCGAGCAUAUCCAUGACAACCAAGUUUUGUUUAACUGGGGUGGGAGAAAAAGCAUCUACCAUAGCCGCUCGUGUAAGAUAGGUUCAUCCCGACCCUCGCACAGGGUGUGUUUUAAACAUCGUUUCCGAAAAACACCCUACGCUCGGAUUGAAGAUAUUUAUAAUAUUUCCCAUUUGGCCCCCUCUAUUAGAAGUCACCUUCUGCCCCAUUUAUCAAGAGUUAUAUGGUGUAUUUUGUUCCCCUUGAUCAACAGUUAUCCUUUCCAAUUAAUCCCUUUAAUCAACUGUUAUCUUUUCCCUUUGGUCCCCUUUAUUAACUGUUAUAUUUUACCUUUUGGCCACUUUAUUAACUGUUAUCAUUACCAUUUGGCCCCUAAUCAAAAGCUGUCUUUUAUAUAUGCCCCCACCCUUUAUCAAGAGUAAUCUUUUUAAUUUGGCCCCCUUUUUCAAGAGAUAUCUUUUAUAUUCGACUGCUUUUAUCAAGAAUUAUCUUUUCAUCAAUUUUUAUUUAUCAGAAAUGAUCUUGUCCAUUUGGCCCCCUUUUUCAAGACUUACCUUUUCCAUUUUGCCCCCCCCCCUUUAUCAAUAAAUGCUAUUUUUUCUAUGUGGUCCCCUUUAUCAAGAGUUAUCAUACAUAUUUUAUUUUACCUCCCCCCUUUAUCAAAAGUCGUCUUUUUCAUUUGGUCCCCUUUAUCAAGAUUUAUCAUUUAUAUUUGCCAGCCCUUAUCAAGAGUUUUUUUUUUUCAUUUGGUCCCUCUGUAUCAAGAGUUAUCAUUUAUAAUUGCCCCCCCCCCCACUUUAAUCAAUAGUUGUCUUUUCCAUUUGGCCCCUUUAUCAAGAGUUAUCAUUUAUGAUUGCCCCCUUUUAUCAAGAGUUUCAAGAAUGCAACUGUCCAUUUGUCAAGAGUGAAACGUUCAGUGGAACAGCCAUACAUUUGACUUUGAUUAUCUUAUAAAUGAAUCACUCUGAUGUAACAAAGACGCCAUUUGCAAUACUUGUUUUUGAUAUUGAUAUGUUUUAUUUACGUUAUUGACUGUAUGAUCUAUGUGUAUUCUUGAUUAAGUAAUAACCAUAAUGCUUGUAAAGAAGUUUUAUCGUUUUGAACGUAUUAUGAAAAAUAGUUAUCAUUACUUAUUUAUUUGAGUUUUACCUGUUUAUUAUUUGGAUUCUACAUAAUCAAUACAAUGCAUGUGAUACCCACGUUGGUAUUCACCAUUGGUUUCAAUAACAUCCCAAGGCUGACAUGGGACAUUUAUAACAAUACAAAACUUUCAGAUAGAGAUAUGAUAAAUUGAACGAUUGAACUACCUCUCUUUCCUAGUUUCAUAACUACAUUCAGAUAUCAUAGAAUAACAAUAGUGUGUUUUAAGAUUACAUCUACAGUAUGUAUCAUUGGAGGAAAGGAAACAAGCGAAAGCUUGUAUAACAUGCUGUCUGCUAUAUACAUUUUUCCAUAAUUGAAUUCAUGACGAAAAACUUUAUGAAAAACUGAAAGAAAUCAGUAUGUACACGUUUCAUUGAAAUUCACUUAUAAGGAAUAUCUCUGUAUAUACACAAACCUUUUUUAUUCAUAUCAGUUGUAGUAUUCCCAUGUAAAUAAGUACAUUGUUCAUUUAUUCAAUUGAUAAGACGGUACAUGUACGUACCGAACAUUAUAUGAUGUUUUGUAUUUUGCUUUGUAUAACUUGUGUAUAUAGUUAUUGGAUGAGUUAUUAAUUUCUUAAAGUGAAAGACGCAUUGUUUUAUUGGUAAAGAAUUGAAUUUAUAACAAAAAAAAAUCAUGAAAAACAUGACACCAUUUGUAUUUUGCUCUGUUUAUUUUGUUUAUAUAGUUAUUGGAUGAGUUAUUAAUUUCUUAAACUGACAGACGCAUUGUUUUAUUGAUAAAGAAUUGAAUUUAUAACAAGAAACUUCAUGAAAAACAUAAAUGAAUCAGUAUGUGAACGUUUCCUGAAAUUUCCUUUUAUGGAAAUUUCUGCAUAUUAAUUUAAACCUUGGUUAUUCAUAUCAGUUGUAGUAUUCCCAUGUAAAUAAGUACAUUGUUCAUAUGUUCAACUGAUUAGACGGUACAUGAAGGUACUGAUCAUUGUAUGAUGUUUUGUUUUUUGCUUUGUACAAGUUUUGAACAUAGUUAUUGGAUGAGAUAUUGUUUUGUUAAAGGGAAAGACGCCUGAACAAAUGAAGUUGACGGUACAAGAACGUGCGUUAAAUCUUUUUGCUUUUCCAUUGUAAUGAGUAUAGUGUUGAUGUAUUGAAAAUAUAAAACGUCACAUGAAAGAAGGAUAAUGGUGUCUGUAAUUCAUUUACAUUUCGUAAGUUAAUUACUAUACUGUUCAAUUACUGAACGCAGUCGACGUUACAUCAAUGUAAAUUGAUUGACACAAUAGGUGGCUGAUAUGUAUUUGCUUUCCCAAAUUGUAAUUAUUGUAUUUUUCAAUUACUGAGCUAAAUAGACGGAACAUGAACGUUAGGUAAUGGUGUAUGCAAUUCAUUUACCUUUCCAAUGUUCAUUUCUAUUUUGUUCAACUUGUUGAACUUAGUAGAUAUAACAUUGCAGUCCAUUUAUGGUGUCUGUAAUUCAUUUACUUUUCAAUGGUUAAUUCCUAUAUUGUUAAGUUUAUAAACUUAGCAGAUGGAACAUUAACGUAAGUUAAUGGUGUCUGCAGUUUAUUAAAUAUUCGCAUAUUAAUUACGAUAUUGUUCACUUAUUGAAAUAAGAAGACGUAAUAUUAACGUAGGCUUAUGGUGUCUGCAAUUUGUUAACUUUUAUAAGUUAAUUACGAUAUUGUUCAAUUACUGAACGUAGUAGAUGGAACAUUAACGUAAGUUAAUGGUGUCUGCAAUUUGUUUUUCCAUAUUACUUACGAUAUUGUUCACUUAUUGAACAAAGUAGACGUAAUAUUAACGUAGGCUUAUGUUGUCUGCAAUUUAUUAACUUUGAAUAAGUUAAUUACGAUAUUGUUAACUUAUUGAAAUAAGAAGACGUAAUAUUAACGUAGGCUUAUGGUGUCUGCAAUUUAUUUACUUUUCAUAAUUAUUGCGUUUCGACUUGAGGGUGUUUUAAAAAAAGGCAAAGGUUUUGUAUUUCGAAAUAUGGCCAAAUUUUAACUGUCUAGGUCGCAAUCGUUUACAAGUUUCAGAAUGAUAUAAGUGCUUUUUUAUUCAGUCUUAUACAGUUUAUAAAAGAAAGAUAUAACUUUAUUGGAUAAAGUCAAAUAUUCCCAAUAGUGAAUUAAAUAUCCAUGCUUUGGAAGCUUUCAAUCACCCUUAUUGUUUAUAGAAAUGUUGUAAAAUAUAAGUGCUGCAAGCAUGCUGUGUUAGUGACCUCUGAUAUAGACACAAUUCAUGGAUGAAGAAUUUGAAGUCUAUGUAUGGACGAUGUGUAAUUAUUCCGUUUUGUAUUAAGUGGAAUAGUGAGUUUUAAAUCUGUGUAUUGAUAGUGUGUAUUUACUAUUAGUGUGAUGGUGUGUAUUAACUCAGUGUUUGGGUGGCGUGUAAUAUCUUUAUCUGUGUAUGGUGUGAAUUUGUUCUAUGUACGAAUGGUGUGUAAUAACUCUAUGUGUGAAUGGUGUGUAAUAACUCUAUGUGUGGAUGGUGUGUAAUAACUCUAUGUAUGGAUGGUGUGUAAUAACUCUAUGUAUGGAUGGUGUGUAAUAACUCUAUGUAUGGAUGGUGUGUAAUAACUCUAUGUAUGGAUGGUGUGUAAUAACUCUAUGUAUGGAUGGUGUGUAAUAACUCUAUGUUUGGAUGGUGUGUAAUAACUCUAUGUAUGGAUGGUGUGUAAUAACUCUAUGUAUGGAUGGUGUGUAAUAACUCUAUGUAUGGAUGGUGUGUAAUAACUCUAUGUAUGGAUGGUGUGUAAUAACUCUAUGUAUGGAUGGUGUGUAAUAACUCUAUGUAUGGAUGGUGUGUAAUAACUCUAUGUAUGGAUGGUGUGUAAUAACUCUAUGUAUGGAUGGUGUGUAAUAACUCUAUGUUUGAAUGGUGUGUAAUAACUCUUUGUAUUGAUAUUUUAUAAUAACUCUAUGCAUGAAUGACUUGUAAAAAUAUAUUUUUUGGAUGGUAUGUAAUAACUGUAUGUAUGGAUGGUUUAUAAUAUCUCUAUUAAGAUCGUGAUUGGUAACUCUGUAUAUGCAUGGUGUGUAAAACUAUAUGUGUGAAUAGUGAGUUCUAACUCUAUAUAAGGGAUUAUGUUUUAUCACUCUAUGUAUGGACCGUGUGUAUUAACUUGCAUGGAAUCAUUGUAAUAAUCAUAUUUUAUGGUGUGUAAUAACGCUUUUAAAUGGAUGAUGUGUAAUUAUUUUAUGCGUGGAUGCUGGGUAAUAGCUCUAUGUGUGUAUGGUGUGUAAUAUAACUAUAUGUAUGUAUUAUGCAUUCUUACUAUAUGUUUGGAAUAUGUGUAAUAACUAUUUGUAUGGAUAGUUAACAUUACCUCUAUGUUUAUAUUGUGUGUAAGAACAACUUAUAUGGAUGAUGCAUUCGAACUAAAAGUAUGGAUUGUUUGUAAUAAGUAUAUGUAUGGACGAUGUGUAGUAAAUGUAUGUAUGGAUAGUUAACAUUAACUCAAUGUUUGUAUGGUGUGUACGAACUAUGUGUUUGGAUGAUGCAUUCGAACUUUAUGUAUGGAUUGUUUGUAAUAAUCAUAUGAAUGGACGAUGUGUAGUAACUAUGUAUGGAGUGUGUGUAAUAAGUAUAUGUAUGAACGAUGUGUAGUAACUAUUCAUGGAGUGUGUGUAAUAAGUAUAUGUAUGGACGAUGUGUAGUAACUAUGUAGGGAGUGUGUGUAAUAAGUAUAUGUAUGGACGAUGUGUAGUAACUUUUUAGGGAGUGUAUGUAAUAAGUAUAUGUAAGGACGAUGUGUAGUAACUAUGUAGGGAGUGUGUGUAAUAAGUAUAUAUAUGGACGAUGUGUAGUAACUUUUUAGGGAGUGUGUGUAAUAAGUAUAUGUAAGGACGAUGUGAAGUAACUAUGUAGGAAGUGUGUGUAAUAAGUAUAUGUAUGGACGGUGUGUAGUAACUAUGUAUGGAGUGUGUGUAAUAAGUAUAUGUAUGGACGAUGUGUAGUAACUAUGUAGGGAGUGUGUGUAAUAAUCAUAUGUAUGGACGAUGGGUAGUAACUAUGUAUGGAGUGUGUGUAAUAAGUAUAUGUACGGACGAUGUGUAGUAACUAUGUAGGGCGUGUGUGUAAUAAGUAUAUGUAUGGACGAUCUGUAGUAACUAUGUAGGGAGUGUGUGUAAUAAGUAUAUGUACGGACGAUCUGUAGUAACUAUGUAGGGAGUGUGUGUAAUAAGUAUAUGUACGGACGAUGUGUAGUAACUAUGUAGGGAGUGUGUGUAAUAAGUAUAUGUAAGGACGAUCUGUAGUAACUAUGUAUGGAGUGUGUGUAAUAAGUAUAUGUACGGACGAUGUGUAGUAACUAUGUAUGGAGUGUGUGUAAUAAGUAUAUGUAAGGACGAUGUGUAGUAACUAUGUAUGGAGUGUGUGUAUUAAGUAUAUGUACGGACGAUGCGAAGUAACUAUGUAUGGUGUGUGUGUAAUAAGUAUAUUUAAGGACGAUCUGUAGUAACUAUGUAUGGAGUGUGUGUAAUAAGUAUAUGUACGGACGAUCUGUAGUAACUAUGUAGGGAGUGUGUGUAAUAAGUAUAUGUACGGACGAUGUGUAGUAACUAUGUAGGGCGUGUGUGUAAUAAGUAUAUGUACGGACGAUCUGUAGUAGCUAUGUAUGGAGUGGUUGUAAUAAGUAUAUGUAAGGACGAUGUGUAGUAACUAUGUAGGGCGUGUGCGUAAUAAGUAUAUGUACGGACGAUGUGUAGUAACUAUUCAUGGAGUGUGUGUAAUAAGUAUAUGUAAGGACGAUGUGAAGUAACUAUGUAUGGAGUGUGUGUAAUAAGUAUAUGUACGGACGAUGUGAAGUAACUAAGUAGGGAGUGUGUGUAAUAAGUAUAUGUACGGACGAUGUGAUGUAACUAUGUAUGGAGUGUGUGUAAUAAGUAUAUGUAAGGACGAUGUGUAGUAACUAUGUAGGGCGUGUGCGUAAUAAGUAUAUGUACGGACGAUGUGAAGUAACUAUUCAUGGAGUUUGUGUACUAAUAUGGCAAUACAGUGGAGUCGUAUUGUUACUGUAAAAUGAACACAUCUAGUGCUGUUCAUUAAUAACUAUAUUUUGAUUAAAAUUUCAGCCAAUAAUUGAAUAAAUGUGUGUAUGAUAUAUAUAUAUAUUGUUUUAAGAGAUUGAACAAAUGUGUUUAUAUAGUGUGUUUUGCUACUAGAGAUUGAGUCAAUGUGUGUAUUUGAUAUACAUUGCUAUGAUAGAUUGAAUAAAUGUCUGUGAAUGA